CGUCGUUGUCUUUAUCUGCGCUUUUUUCAGAGGAAAACAAAAAGCCUGCUAACAUUGGAAAUCGGGAAAUUACCACUUGGAAUAAGUAGCUGUUACACGAAUUGUAUCUGCGCAUCGAAAUAACAAAGUAUAUUCCAACAGUACGUAGCAAGUUUGAAGUUUCACCAGCUCUCCUCAUGAUUCAUCAGCAUUAAGAGUACUUCCAAACUUCCUAAGGAUGGCUAGUUGUGGAGAGGUCGACCACUCUGUUAGCUCUCUUCCAUCCAGUAAGAAAGGCAGCAACAGUGGUGGAGGAAGUGGAAACGGUGCAGAAUCAUCAUGCUCUGGCUCCAGCAACUCAUCCCCAGCCCUAUCUGUACCCGAGUGUGCCAUCUGUCUGCAGAGCUGUGUCCACCCAGUCCAGCUGCCGUGCCAUCACGUCUUCUGUUUCCUGUGUGUGAAGGGAGCAUCCUGGCAAAGCAAACGCUGUGCUCUCUGCAGACAAGAAGUACCGGAUGACUUCCUGGAGAGGCCUACACUUCUUUCUCCAGAGGAGCUUAAGGCAUCAGCAGGAGGUCGGGGUGGUGCAACGAGUGAUCACGCCUGGUAUUAUGAAGGUAGAAAUGGAUGGUGGCAGUAUGAUGAGCGAACCAGCCGCGAGCUGGAGGACGCUUUCUCCAAGGGGAAGAAAACAGCUGAAAUGCUCAUUGCUGGUUUUUUGUAUGUAGCCGAUUUGGAGAACAUGGUACAGUACAGGCGCAAUGAGCACGGGCGUAGACGCAAGAUGAAGAGAGACGUUUUGGAUAUCCCCAAGAAGGGAGUGGCAGGACUGCGUUUGGACACUGAGGGUGUUGCUGUGGCCAUCGGGGCAGUAGCAGUAGGUCGAGAAAACUCUGCUGACGGGGCUGAUACCACAGUAGCAGGUGUACAGCAGCAAGUUCCAGCCACCACCAGACCUCCCACCUCCCUCGGUGGUCAGCCUGGUAGCAGCAGCAGCAGCCCCACUCUGGAGGAUGCUCUCUCCCAGCUUCAAAUCACCAGGCCCACUCUUCCCCAUGAGCGGUCUGAGGCUGGGGAAGGUGAGGAAGAAGAUGAGGAAGAGCAGGCCUCACCCUCCAGGUCCUCUGACCCUCACACCUCUGUGGACGAGUCUGGCUCCGGAGACUGGAGUGACGAUGAGGAAGAGGAGGAUCAAGAAGAAGAGGGGGGAGAUGGGGAGCAUGUGGAGCCGUGGGAGGAUCGUCCAAGAAGGCAAAGACUGAAUCCAGAGGACAGAGCCCCUCCUGGUGCAGAAUCCAACUCUCCCCCCUCUUCAUCCAGUAGCAGUGGAAGGUCCAGAAUGCCUGAUGGCCAGUGUACAGUGACUGAAGUGUGAAGUCGUCAUUGAAAUCUUCAGUAAACAGCUCUGUUCCAUUUAAUUAAUUUAUUCCUUACUUUAUGCUGCCGUUCACUCUGUCACAGAUCUGAUGUAGGUGGAUGGCUGGCUACAGAAAUAAUUAAGCAAAAAGUACUUCCUGAUUUUAGUUAAGAGCUCAAUUUUAGUGAUCAAAGUUGGAUCCUUUAUUUUUUGGCUCUCUCAAAUGUGCUCAUAUCUUCAUGACUUGUUUGUCAGUCUCAUCCAGCAUAUACCCAGCCAGAAGGACUAAUGUCGGGUUUUCAUGUUCCAACACUGAGGCAGGAGGGACAGCUUGGUGAACUGCCAGAUGGAUACAGCAUGUUGUUGUGAGCCACAAAAUCUCACAAUUGUCAAUCCAGAACAUCAUGUGAGGCCAGUGUAAACAGUCUUAUGAUGUGUUUAGCUGCCAUCAGUCUGGUCACUUAAUGCACACUGUUAAGUCUAUUCUUUUCAAAGUGUAGGAACUAUGACGGAAAAGAGACUUGCUAAACAGCUUCUACCAAUCCUUUGUAUUCCUGUCUUGAAAUGUGUUAUCCUUAUGAAAAGAAGCUUUCUGCGGGCCUCUUCCAGAUCUGUGACGUGUAAGAAAGAAAGCAUAAAUGGGGAUGUUUCUUCUGGAAAUGGAACUGCAUCUCUUAUCAUGAACAGCUGCAUUCUAAUCAUCUACACUUUAACUCUCUCAGCUAACAUAGCACACAGAAACAGGCUUGUUAGAGCUCAAGUCAUCUGACUACUCUUGGAAAGAACUUAAUCUUUGAUAACUCCAACUCCAGCCCCCCCUCAGUGGUUUUCCUCAAUUCAGAUUAACGGAUUAAGAAGCUUUACUUUAAAUUUCUGAGAUAUAAAUGUAACUUUUAGUGGAGUGUCAUUUCAGACUUGACUGUGCGGUAAGUAAAUAUCUUAAGGUUUUUUUAACCAGACAACGAAUGGAAUCUAAAAGUACUUCCUGAUGCUCUUAGGCUAUGUAGGUCUUAAAAUGUCACACUUUUAUGCUUUGACAUUGUAACGUAACUCUCCAGUCCACAGGAUUAUCUGGCUUCCUGUUAUAAAAGACUGUUCAUAACAGAAGAACGUGCUUCAAAAAUUUCUUUUAACCCCCUCCCAGCUUUGAACAAUUGGCAUUUUAAUGUGGAGUUCAGUGUUUCCUUUUUAAAAGCUGUUGAGGCCUCUGAAGCCUCUUAAAGUAUUCUUAUCGUCCCUGAUUAAAAGUAUUCUAAAUUGGUGUUUCUAAAGUGGUGUGAUUUGUGCAUGUUUGAAGAGAGAGUUACUUAAACACUACUGGUCAACAGGAUGUUAAGAAUUGAUCUUUAUUGGGGUUGAGUUUGAGUAAAUGUUUAUUUUGUCUUUGUUUCUGCAUUUCUUCUGGUUGUAAAUCCUCUUUAUGUGCGAUGUCUGAGGAGGAACAAGAGCAAGAAUCUGCCAUCGUCAUUGGCCAUGCUGCAGAGAUUUCAAGUUGUUAUUUUUUUAUAUUUCUGACAUGUUUAACAUCAUCAGCUCGGUCUUAGACUCUCCAUUCUGAAGAAUAAAGUUUGUGUAACAGUCUUUGCUUGGCAACCUUUUGUUACAUUGUUUGUAAUUUAAGAAUAAAUUGUGUCAUUUCAUCAUCCUAAAAGGAGAAUA